GCCGCAGGCGGUGCGUCGGUGUGAAGGAGGAGGGAUCGAACACCAAGGAGGACCAUCAUCAUCAUCAUCCUCCUCAUCAUCAUCAGCAGCAGUCACCUUGUUGUCAAAGUCAUCAAGCAGAUCAUUAACUAGGUGAAGAAGAGGACUUGGACUUGUUGUUUCUUCCUUGGAUCUUGGUGAUGAUGAGACGUCCAUUGCCGUCCAUGUGAUGCGUUCAUUUUGGAUUUCGCCCCCAGCCUGGCAGCGCAUCUUUUAGCGCCAAAGUGCCCCGCCAAAUUUCCCCGCUGCUGCUGCUGUUGGCGGGAGACGACAGGUGUCUCGGCGCGCCGCUUUUUCCCGCGCUCGCACUCCCCUUUGCGACGAUGAGGGCAAGUUCGGCGAGCGAUGCCUAAGGGACGCGAUGGGCCUGAGCGACGACAAGGAUCGCAUCGUGAUCAACGUGGGAGGGAUCCGGCACCAGACGUACCGCAGCACCCUCCGCACCCUGCCCGGCACGCGUCUGUCGUGGCUGGCCGAGCCAGACGCGCCCAACCACUUUGACUAUGACGCCAAGAUCGAGGAGUUCUUCUUCGACCGCCACCCGGGGGUCUUCGCGCACAUCCUCAACUACUACCGGACAGGUAAGCUGCACUGCCCCGCCGAUGUGUGCGGACCUCUGUACGAGGAGGAGCUGGCUUUCUGGGGCAUCGACGAGACGGACGUGGAGCCCUGCUGCUGGAUGACUUACCGCCAGCACCGGGAGGCGGAGGAGGCCCUUGAUAGUUUCGGCGGGGGGGGACUGUUGGAUCUGGCCAGCGACGACGCCGAGCCCGACCAGGAGCACGGAGAGGACGACGUGGAUGAGAUGACGAGGAGGCUGGCCCACGGAGACUCUCCUGACACGCGGAGUGGGAGCUUGUGGAGCCGCUGGCAGAAGCGCGUCUGGGCUCUCUUUGAGGACCCUUACUCCUCCAAAUAUGCAAGGUGGGUGGCCCUGGCCUCGCUGUUCUUUAUCCUGGUGUCCAUCACCACGUUCUGUCUGGAGACCCACGAGGCCUUCAACCCCAUCAUCAAUCGCACAGAGGUGGAGUUGGUGGACAACAUCACGGUGGAGCGCAUCUACCAGGAGCCUGAGACGGCGGCCUACCUCACCUACAUCGAAGGCGUUUGCGUGGUGUGGUUCACUUUUGAGUUCCUAAUGCGAAUAACUUUCUGCCCAAACAAAUUUGACUUCAUCCGGAACGCCCUGAACAUCAUCGACUUUGUGGCCAUCCUGCCCUUCUACCUGGAGGUGGGCCUUAGCGGGCUCUCCUCUAAGGCAGCUAAGGACGUACUGGGUUUCCUCCGAGUGGUCCGCUUUGUAAGGAUCCUGCGAAUCUUCAAGCUCACUCGUCACUUUGUAGGUUUGAGGGUACUGGGCCACACCUUAAGAGCCAGCACCAACGAGUUCCUUCUCCUCAUCAUCUUCCUCGCCUUGGGUGUCCUCAUCUUUGCCACCAUGAUCUACUACGCAGAACGGAUCGGCGCUAACCCCAACGACCCUCGAGCCAGCGAGCACACGCAGUUCAAGAACAUCCCGAUCGGAUUCUGGUGGGCCGUGGUGACCAUGACCACCCUAGGCUAUGGGGACAUGUACCCUCAGACGACCUCCGGAAUGCUGGUGGGAGCCUUGUGCGCCCUGGCAGGUGUGCUGACCAUCGCCAUGCCAGUCCCCGUGAUUGUCAACAACUUUGGAAUGUAUUACUCCCUGGCCAUGGCGAAACAGAAACUACCAAAGAAAAAAAACAGGCAUAUUCCACGAGCACCCCAACCUGGUUCUCCAAACUUCUGUAAAUCAAGCAUCAGCUCACAACAUCAGAGCCCUAUCGCCCACGACGAUGUCUUCGAAAUCAAGUUUCAAGAUUCCAAGCUAAACGGCGAGGCUGCCAACGCGGCCCUGGCCAACGAGGACUGCCCCCACAUAGACCAGGCUAUAUCUCCGGAGGAAAUCUUCAGCCCCGGAGAAAGAGAGCGGCCCUGCUUCCUGGUCACCACGGCCGAGCGGCCCAACCACACGGGGGGCAGAGUGAGGAGGGGUUAUGAAAAGCCUUGGAGCCUUAACAGCAUGUCUGGCAUGAGCGGGGAUGCCUCUGGAGUGUCCGCCCUGCCCUGCAGCCCACCCUGUCUAAUGCAGCACUCACAUUCUCCCAUCCCAUCCAUUAUGUAGCAUGCUUGAGUAGCAGACACAAUGCCAUUGGAAGGCCAGCCCACCUCCUCCUAUAUUUCUUCUCAGAAUUGUUGAUUUCUUUUUCUCCUGCUUUCUCAUUAUUUUCCUGGAAAAAGUGCAUCUCAACUGUUUCCAAUACUUCCCAAGUGUUCUCCUUGGGGGUGUCAUCAUAUCCUGUAGACUAGAAAGUCCCAUUGGCGACAUGCCACCCGUGCAUGGGUCACCUGAGCUGCAGACAAACCACUGUUCUACUACCUUUUUCCCUAUGUUGACUUCAUUGCCUGUUGCUCUGUUGCUUUUGAUCUCACAUACCUUUCUAAUCUCAUCUGCUUUUGACAAUUCUGUCAAAGAAUUCAUAAGAUGUGAUAACACAUUUACAACACAUUUCUUUUCCAUUGCCGGCUGUUAAGGAAACUCCUCUUAAGUUCUUUGUAUGUUGCAAAGUUAACAAUUGUGAAAGCGCACACCAGGCGUUUACUUUUUUUAAGCAGCAAGAUGAUGUCCAAUGCACUAUGGAGAUGAUGACAAUUAUUAUGAUACUAGUGAUGACUAAAAGUCAUGUGAACACAACUAAAACUGUUUGUUCCUUUGCAUGAAGUGCAUGACAAAUUAUGUUCCACAAUUGUAUUGCAGUACCUGUAACAAGCAAACAUUUUCUUUUCAAAAGCAUCUAAGCUUUGCCAUUUUUAUGCAUUUUUGAGACAGCUUUUGAAGCGACUCAGUCAUAGCAGAGAUUUUUAUGUAGCUGCCAUUCAUUGCCUUUCCCCAAAUUCUAAAUUGUUUUCAUAUUUUCAUGUAUUCAUCUUGACUGGGGCCAUUUAAAAAAAAAAAAAAAACUUGAACUAUUUAGCACAAAGCCAACCUUUGCGGCUAAAAGCAUAUAUGUUUUAUUUUUCAACUAUACCCCACUAGUAGUGAGAAGCUUUUUUUUAACUGCAGCUGCUGUUAUGGCUAAAAUACAGACACAAAUGACAACAAUGGUGCCUUCAAAUCAAGUGAGGCAAUGUAGAAGAAAAAGAUUUUGACACAAUACAACACUGUUGUAGCAUUUAAAAGCUGCUCGUGACUUCAUUUUUAUAAGGUGGUUGUUGUAGACUAAGAAUAAUCUUUAGGAGAGACAAAAAAUGUUUUCAUUAAAGAAGCACAAUAUAUUAAACAAGGGCCACAUUAAUAUA